GAGCGGGGUUCCGACGUCGCCGCGGACGGAACAAGCCCCAGCCGGAUCCUUGACGAGCAGCCCCGCUCUGCUCGCUCUCGGCGUCGGCUAGGAGAGGCCCCGCGGUCGGAGGGAGCCCGCCGCUCGCACCUCGCGCAAGCGCAGCCCCGGCCUGUCGGGCCUCAGCCGGAGAAACAGUUGGGACCCCUGAUUCCAGCAGGAUGGCCCAAUGGAAUCAGCUGCAGCAGCUCGACACGCGGUACCUGGAGCAGCUUCAUCAGCUGUACAGCGACAGCUUCCCGAUGGAGCUACGGCAGUUUCUGGCCCCUUGGAUUGAGAGUCAAGAUUGGGCAUACGCGGCCAGCAAAGAAUCACAUGCUACUUUGGUGUUUCAUAAUCUCUUGGGUGAGAUUGACCAGCAGUAUAGCCGCUUCCUACAAGAGUCCAAUGUUCUCUAUCAGCACAAUCUGCGAAGAAUCAAGCAGUUCCUUCAGAGCAGAUACCUUGAGAAGCCAAUGGAGAUUGCCCGAAUUGUGGCCCGGUGUCUGUGGGAAGAGUCUCGCCUCCUCCAGACUGCAGCCACCGCAGCCCAGCAAGGGGGCCAGGCCAACCACCCCACGGCUGCUGUGGUGACAGAGAAGCAGCAGAUGCUGGAGCAGCACCUGCAGGAUGUCCGGAAGAGAGUUCAGGAUCUAGAACAAAAAAUGAAAGUGGUCGAGAAUCUUCAGGAUGACUUUGAUUUCAACUAUAAAACCCUCAAGAGUCAAGGAGACAUGCAAGAUCUGAAUGGAAACAACCAGUCGGUGACCAGGCAGAAGAUGCAGCAGCUGGAACAGAUGCUUACUGCCCUUGACCAGAUGCGGAGGAGCAUUGUGAGUGAGCUGGCAGGGCUUUUGUCUGCGAUGGAGUACGUGCAGAAAACUCUCACGGACGAAGAGCUGGCUGACUGGAAGAGGCGGCAGCAGAUUGCUUGCAUUGGAGGCCCUCCCAACAUCUGCCUAGACCGUCUUGAAAACUGGCUUGGGUUCGGAUCCCGGGAGUUGAAUUAUCAGCUUAAAAUUAAAGUAUGCAUUGACAAAGACUCCGGGGAUGUGGCAGCUCUCAGAGGAUCCCGGAAAUUUAACAUUCUGGGCACAAAUACAAAAGUCAUGAACAUGGAAGAGUCGAACAAUGGCAGCCUGUCUGCAGAAUUCAAACACUUGACCCUGAGGGAGCAAAGAUGUGGGAAUGGGGGCCGAGCCAAUUGUGACGCCUCCCUGAUUGUGACCGAGGAGCUGCACCUGAUCACCUUUGAGACUGAGGUGUAUCACCAAGGCCUCAAGAUCGACCUAGAGACCCACUCCUUGCCAGUUGUGGUGAUCUCCAACAUCUGUCAGAUGCCAAACGCCUGGGCAUCAAUCCUGUGGUAUAACAUGCUGACCAACAACCCCAAGAACGUGAACUUCUUCACCAAGCCCCCAAUUGGAACAUGGGAUCAAGUGGCUGAGGUGCUGAGCUGGCAGUUCUCCUCCACUACAAAGCGAGGGCUGAGCAUCGAGCAGUUGACCACACUGGCAGAGAAGCUCUUAGGACCAGGUGUGAACUAUUCAGGGUGUCAGAUCACAUGGGCUAAAUUUUGCAAAGAAAACAUGGCCGGCAAGGGCUUCUCCUUUUGGGUCUGGCUGGACAAUAUCAUUGACCUUGUGAAAAAGUACAUUCUGGCUCUUUGGAAUGAAGGGUACAUCAUGGGCUUUAUCAGUAAGGAGCGGGAGCGGGCCAUCUUGAGCACCAAGCCCCCAGGCACCUUCCUGCUAAGAUUCAGUGAAAGCAGCAAAGAAGGAGGUGUCACCUUCACCUGGGUGGAAAAGGACAUCAGUGGUAAGACCCAGAUCCAGUCGGUGGAACCAUAUACCAAGCAGCAGCUGAACAACAUGUCAUUUGCUGAAAUCAUCAUGGGCUAUAAAAUCAUGGAUGCUACCAAUAUCCUGGUGUCUCCACUGGUCUAUCUCUAUCCUGACAUUCCUAAGGAGGAGGCAUUUGGAAAGUAUUGUCGGCCAGAGAGCCAGGAGCAUCCUGAAGCUGACCCAGGUGCUGCUCCAUACCUGAAGACCAAGUUUAUCUGUGUGACACCAACGACCUGCAGCAAUACCAUUGACCUGCCGAUGUCCCCCCGCACUUUAGAUUCAUUGAUGCAGUUUGGAAAUAAUGGUGAAGGUGCUGAGCCCUCAGCAGGAGGGCAGUUUGAGUCCCUCACAUUUGACAUGGAGUUGACCUCGGAGUGCGCUACCUCCCCCAUGUGAGGCGCUGAGAACGGAAGCUGCAGAAGAGAUAUGUCUGAGGCACCUACCUGUGUUCCACCGCCCCUUACACAGCCAAACCCCAGAUCAUCUGCAACUCCUCA